AUGAAUCCACCAUCAGGUGGACGAUCAACUUCAAGAUUUGUGCGCGGAAGAGCGCGCGGCGGCGGUGGCUAUCGUCCAUAUUUCUAUUUUCGUCGCAAUGGCCGCGUUAUACCUGCUGGUGGCAAUCGUCAACCGGGUGCAGAGCAAGCUUCAGUUCCAAUGGGUGCUCCACAGCCCCGUGGGUGGAGUCGUAGUCGGUCCGGGGGCGAUGCAGCGAGAAAGCGAACGUCAAAUUCGGCAAUGGAUUGUAGUUACUUGCGCCCUGAUAACUAUGCUGCUCCAGAGGAUGCGCUGGAAGUGCGCAGUCUACUUGUCGACAAUCCACGAGCUUAUCCCGGUUGGCGCCUGUACUUUUUGCGUGAGGAGUACGUAGCCGACAGCGACCUGGCCAAGCGAAUUAUUGCUGUGGAGGCGCACUACCAGCGUAAUCCGCAAAUAUAUGAUGCGGCUCGCAUUCGGCAACGCGGCUACUUUCAGCUCUUAGCUCCGGGAAUAGUUCAAGACGAACAACUCAAGGCAGUGUGGCCAACGCUGACAGAAGAUUUGCAAAGGCAGCCGCUACGUACACUCUCCACAAUAGGUGUGGCCAUGCACACAGUGGUCGUUAACAAUGGCCUGGAUGCUGCCGAAGAAGCUUUGGACAGCAUACUGCCUUUGGGAACCACUAAAGAUAUGUAUGUGCCGCGCACCGAACGCACACGUAAGAUUUACGCGCGUCCCGAAGACUUUGUGCCCGUCGAGCUGGUUAGUAGCAUUACACAUGCGCGCGUUGACAGCCUGUUUGCGGUGCGUGGCAUAGUGAGCAGCGUUGGUGAACCCACAUUGGGCCUAGCCUGGCAAGCAUUUCGCUGUACACGUUGCCGUACAGAGCAGACGCUGCGUCAGCGAAGCAACUACACGCCGCGUCCGUAUCACUGUCUGAAGCCACGGUGCGGUGCCAAGGACAAUUUUCUGGCGCUGCGCAGCUCGCCGUUUACGCGUCUCUCAGUGCGGCAGAUCAUACGGCUGGAGGAGUCCAGUCUUGCCCUGCUGACGGACUAUGACAGCACGCUGCCUGGUGAACUAGACAUAGAGCUACGUCACGAUCUAGUUGAUGCUGUGCACGUGGGGCAGGAGAUUAUAGUCACGGGCGUCGUAAAGUUGCGCGAGCUGUGCGACAACAGCGAACAGCCGUCGACUUCUGUUGGAGCAGCAACAACAACAUCCAGUGGAGAUUUGCAGGUGUAUUUACGCGCUUGCAGCGUGCAGCAGGCGCGGCACGUAAAGCUUGAAUUUAGCGAACGUGAUUUAGAGGCUAUUUCCACGAUAAACACGGAGCCCAAUUGCUUUAAGCUGCUGGUGCAAUCGCUGGCGCCGGAGUUGCACGGUCACGAGUUGGCCAAGGCCGCCUGCUUGUUGUCGGUGCUCGGCGACAACAUUAAUGUGCUACUGGUCGGUGAUCCGGGAAUUGGCAAAUCCAUGCUGCUGCAGAACUGUGCACAGAUCACUGAACGUGGCGCUCACGUAAGCGGCAAACGUGGUGCCCAAGCAGCCAAUCAAUUGGGCAUCAGCUUUUGCGGACGCAACAAGCGGGUCAUGGAUGCGGGCGCACUACUCAUGGCCGGCACAGCAGGUACUUGCCUUGUGGACGGUGUGGAUAAGUUGGCCUCCAAGCAGACGUUGCUGCUUCAGUGCAUGCAAGCCGGACUGCUGAAUAUGCCGUUACCGGGCCUCUUUGCCUCCUUUGAAGCACAACCCGCGAUUAUUGCCUGCGCCAAUCCGCAGCGUGGGCAGUACGACCAGGCGCGUUAUUUGCUGCAGAAUAUUCGCAUCACUUCGGCUCUGCUCAAGGAGUUUCAUCUGGUCUAUGUGCUGCUGGACAGACAAUCGACCACGCGCGAUAAAUCCCUGACGGAGCAUGUGCGUGCCCUCCACGCCGGCUCCAAAAGGCGCGAGCAGAUUGCCGCACGCUAUGCACUGAAGCCCAAGAAGAGCGAAUCCGUGUGUGAGGCAACCUUUCAUGAUGCGCCCGUUGCGCCAGUUGCGCCUGUCGUGCCGAAGGAUGAUAAGGAUAGCAUUAUGCAGCAGGAUUAUGAUCUGGAUAAGCGCUUGGAGUGUGAUGUGCUGGAGCCUGAAUUGGAUCUGCUGCCGCCCAUAUUGAUGAAGAAAUUCAUUGCCUAUGCGCGCCAAAAUGUCAAGCCGCUGCUCAGCGAUGAGGCCGCCAAUGUCAUCAAGUGGCAUUUCAUGGAGCUGUGCCGUCGCAGCGAGCUGGAGCACGAGCAGAGUCAGAUUGGCAUGGGCCAGCUGCUCGGCUUGAUUAGCCUUUCGCAGGCACGUGCCCGCUUGGAUCUGUCCAGCGUUGUAACGCCGCUGCACGUGCGCGAUGUGAUUGCUGUGCUGACGGAGAGUAUGGCGCAGACACGUCUCGCCACCGCUGAAACAGCUGCCCCAAGUAGUUCCGGCAAAAGUUCACAGCUUCAGAGUUUUGUACACAUGAUGCAGUUGCGCUCGGCUGCACUGGGUCGGCGCAUCUUUGAGUUCGAGGAGCUGAAAGAUAUGGGCACGCGUGCGGGCAUCAUGACGGGCAUCACAAAGUUGGUGGAGAUUGCCAACAUAGGCGGCUAUUUGCUCAAGAAGGGCGCAAACAUGUACGAAGUGGUGCCCGACUAAGCAAAUAUCUAUGUAAAUAUUUUAACAAUGUUGUUGUUAAACUAAUACAUUAAGUUGGUUUUAAGUUUCGCGAAGUCAAGAAUCAUGUUUAGCCAAGUACCAUAUUUAAUUUCAAUCAGUUUAA